UUAGAAGUACAGAGCCCUCGACAGGUCGCCACUCUUGAACACCUCGUCGCCCUGUGUCUUGAGAAUCCUCACCUCCACCCGCACGUACCCUUGCUGCACCCACUGUCACUCGGGCGCAGUGCAGUGCGCCCCCCUCCCCCCCCUCCCAUGGCAUGCACCAAAAGAACCCUCCUGCACAGGUUGGCCACCGCAUGGCCCCCCAUCCCCAUUCCCGGCUAGGUGAUAUAGAUUCUUUUAGUGUGUGUGAACGGGACCACAGGCGAUCAUCCGGGAGACACUGAGCGUGGCCACACACAUCCUAAACACACACAUCCUAAACACACACACACACGUAGAGAGAGAGAGAGAGAUCGAUUCACGGACAUGUGUAUGAGUGUGAUACGUUCAUCCUACCCGGUGUCCACAAGGAAUGAACGCGUGGGUUUUGAGCCCUUCCAUGCACACCGUACACGUGAGCUGCCCCUCGUUCAUAUGCUCGGACGCCACCUCUGCUCGCAGCUGCGCCUGCGCCAGGUGGUCUCUGCAUCACAGGACCACACACACAGUGGUUGUCAUGUUGUGUGUGUGUGUGUGUGUCUGUGUGUGUGUGUUUGCGGACCGUGCGACACGGAGCUCCUCCUGUGUGUGUGUGUUUGCGGACCGUGCAACGCGGAGCUCCUCCCUGGGUAGUCAGGAGCACGUACACACACAGAAACACACCUCGUAAUGGCUGUGGCUGUGUUGCUUUGUGUGUGUGUGUGCGGACUGUAGCUUGGACUGUAGGGCGGUCUGCUGCUGCCUGAGCGGUCAGCACCACACACAGCCCAACACAAACAAAAGGAGAUACACGCGUCGUGUGUGUGGGUAUGUCGUGUGUGCGUACUCAAGGUCCUCUAUGGCUGCGUUGCGGCUCUGUGCCGCUGCAACCAGAGGGUUAAGUGUCCAGACGGCUUCACUGGACGAAGACACACAUACAGAACACCAUAACGCCAUGUAUGUGCUGGUGUGUUGGUUCACUGACUCGUGCUCCUCCUCGGCCUUCUGGAUGCGCUCGUUUAGCUGGGCAAUCUCAGUCUCUAACAAAUCUAUGCCUGUGUCACACACACACAUGUGAUUUGUGAUUUGUGUGGUCCACUCAAACGCACACACGACAAGUGUACAAGCGUCUGUCUGUCUGUCUGUGUUAUGUACACUGGUCCUUCGGGUGGAGGUCGAUCUGUGCCUUGGUGCGGUCGUCAUUGAGGUCCCCUAUGGUCCUGGGCACGCACAUACACACACACGUGCACACGUGUUGCAUUAAUUAAGGGGAGCGGCUCACUUGUCCUGUUGUUUGACCCGCGUCUCGUAGGUGGCCAGUUUGCGCUUCAACUCCUGUGUACGCAUACAGAGACAUCCGCAUUCGCGUGAGGUAUAUGUGUGGGCAUGAAUGCGUUGAUCAGUACCUUUAUCUCGUGUUGGAGGGCUUUGCGCGACUCGGUGAUCUCUAAAACGUCUAGCUCAGACUUGGACCUGACUGGACCAACGUGAGUGAGCACUUACCCCGCCACAAGAGGCCCAGCCUCUCCUUAAGCCUCAGCCACGUCUUCUCCGGCACAAACGUGGCUGCGAGGAUGCCUCCCGCCACCAAAGCCUCGCCGACCAACAAUCCGAACGCCAU